AUGAUGAUAGCAGUAGUCGCUUUACCAACUCAAGGUUACAUGGACCGACGAGGAUUAGAAACGUACGAAGAAUUAUCAGAGGAAUCAUUCGAUUUCGAUCUCUUCCGCAACUUGACGUUCCGGUUCUCCUGCGAAGACAGACCGAUCGGCUUGUACGCCGACCCGGACUACGAUUGCCGAGUUUUUCACGCGUGCGACGACUCCGGGAAAGGAUUCCCCGUGAUCUGUCCAAACAACACGGUGUUCGAUCAAAAGGAACGCGUCUGCACGGACGAAGCGUUGGUCGACUGCGAGCACGCGGAUGAAUGGUUCUAUCUGAACGAGCUGCCGUACUCGAUAGAGCUGAUAGAAGAAAACGGCACGAGAUCAGCCGAGGGAGAAGAGAUUCCAUCGGUGCUCCCCCUGUUGCUAUCGUGA